GGUAGUCCUACUGUCUCAUACAGGACACCUCUAGCAAGAGGAACUGCAAUAUUUAGGACAUGCAGCAGUAGAGGUAGAUAUUUUCAGACUUAUUGCGUUUAAGGACAUAUUUUUAUGAACAGCAUUAAAAUGUAAUGUUUCAUGUUUUGAUCCCAAGGCAGAAAAUAAGAGAUUUCACACUGAAGAUCUGAAGUUAAGGGAAUAUCUGCCACAGAUCUCACACUGAAUAAAGCUUUUAAACUCUCUUCCACAGGAGUUGUCCCCCUCACCCUGUCUGUCCCUCGUAAGUACUAUCUGAUCCAACAGGGGAAACGAUGGAGUGAUGCUCAGGUUUACUGCAAUACCAACCAUGCCGACAUGGCUAUCAUUGAAAGUAAUGAUAACAUGAUCCAGCUUCAGAAUGAAGCACAGAGAGUUCAAUUCAGUUCCAGCGCUUGGAUUGGACUGUACAAUGACAUCAAUAGCUGGCGCUGGUCCUUUGGAAAUGAGCCCCUGGGAAGUGUGAAAAAAUGGGCUGGAGUUGAGCCUAACAAUAGUAGCGGAAAUCAACAAUGUGUUGCGUUACUUACUACGGGUUGGACAGAUAGAAUAUGUACAGAAACAUUACCUUUUGUGUGCUUUGAUGGCAAUAACACUGGAAACUACAGCUAUACUUAUUUUUCUAAUAAAAAAUCUUGGUAUGACGCUCAGAAAUACUGCAGACAGUACCACACAGACCUGGCCAACACAAGAGAUGCAACUGAAUACUCAGCUGUAUAUAAUUUGGUAACUCCAUUGACAAUGUUUACUUGGAUUGGUCUGUUCAGAGACUCCUGGAAGUGGGUAGACACAACCAUCUUGUCUACCAUCAGUUGGAUGCCUGGAAAAUCUGACAAUGCCCUGGGGAAUGAAAACUGUGGUUAUUUAAGUAAUGGUCAGGCCGUUGAUACACAAUGCUCAGAUGUAAUGCCUUUCUUCUGUUACUCAGUAAUUACAGGAAUGAAGCAAAUCAUAAGCGUUAAGGUCCGUUCCAGUGAAGAUAUGAAUGGUGCUGUAAUAAUGGCAGUAACCCUGGAGCAGCUCAAGCAGAAACUGCAAGAUCAUGGGAUAGCAGGGGACACCACAGUGAAAUGGAGAGAACAACCAGAUGGAGUGGUGUUUCACAAGGAGAAAUAAAAAUACUGUUAAAAUAUGACCAGGGAAAGGAGUGACCUCUAAAUCUUUAGCUAUGUCUCAAAUUGCAUAAUUCUGUAGUGUACUAUUAAUGGUGGUGGGAAAGUCAUAUUUACACUAUUUCUUUUGGUUGAUUUCUGAUGCAAUAUUAAUAUUUUUAUUUUACUUGUACACAAUGUCUGUUUACAUCAAACUGUGCAUUUUAUCCUGCUCUACCAGGACCCAAAAACAUGUAGACUGAAUUAGCAUAUCUCCAUAACCCCUCACAAAGCUGUACAAGAGUGGUCCUGUUCCUGUUGAACCCCAGAUUCAACUAUCGCACAUGUCAGAACAUUGGCAUUUUGAGAAGUGUGAUUAACUUAUAUUUGGGAACACACCUUCUGGUACCCUUUUUAACAGGGGUGUUGACUUAUUUGCAAAUCCAAAGGCACUGUCCCAGAUCUCCAUGGAAAAUUUAAGAUGUGUGUUAACUACACAACCCUAACCUUGUCCAGUACCUUCAGCAUCUCCAGUCGAAUCUCCUCCACUCCUGCAUCGGUACAGUGUGAAGGUUUCUUUAUCACCACUGUAACCUCUAACAGAUUUUUAGUUAAGGGGGCAGUUAGUUUUUCACAUGGGUGAUAGGUGUUGGAUAACUUUUU